UUACGACGACGUAUCUAUACAUUUCGAGUACGAAGAGAAGGGUACCUUAUCGCCGAAUAUUUCUUCGUUCAUGACAGGAAAUGAAUUCGAGUUACGUUCGCUUGUUCGCACAUUGAAUUCUAAUAACUCGACGUUUGAUGGUAUAACAGUGAUUAUGACAGGAAGGAAUCGUUAAUCGAUUCGACUGAAUACUUUGAUAUUAACGGGUAUACCAUUACAUUGACUUUUGCAUCUAUGUGUGUAUAUCAAACAAAAGGCUCGAGGAAAAGCGUAACGAAUUGAAUUAAACAUUAAGACCCCACGACCAAUAACCCGAAGAACGAACUAUACACUCUCGAUUGGAAGUGACUCUACGUUGUAUUGCAUCGUCCUACUUUCGUUUUGAUAUUAAGCAAAAAUGUAUAGACUUUGUACGGUUAACGGUGUUUGGUUAUUUUCCAUUGGCUAGUGCGAAAGCAAAUGCGCUCGAUAACGUCUUCGCCAAUACUGACGGAGUUGAAGCUCGGCAAUGAAUGCAACAAGAACAGAGAUUGCGAAAGUUCCAUCGCCAACAGCCAUUGCUACUACGGUUACUGUCGGUGUCAACCCUUUUUCGCUGAACACAAUGGAACACGUUGCCUCGAGUCUACUCUAUUGGGUAACGACUGUAUCGUAAACGAACAGUGCUCUUUGAAGGUAGCAUACAGCAGCUGUCUCGAAGGAGCAUGCAGAUGCGUUGAAGGUUAUUUGCAAUUUCGAAGGCACACCUGUUUAGGACCUGCAAAAUUGGGAGAGGUGUGUUACGAACACGCUCAUUGCCGACUGUGGGAUCCAAACACUCACUGUGAUUUUCUUAUUCCUGAUCUAUUCGGACGCUGUCAAUGUACAGCUCCGAUGCGUCGUGAUGGUGACGUCUGCAGUCCCGACAAUCUCGUCAGACCUUCUUUAUCUUUGGAUCAAGAAAUUAAUUCACAAACGAUAACCGAACAGACCAUGGAAACCAACGAAGAGAAUACAGAUCUUUUAAUGGCAACUUUCAAGCCAGAGAUUAUUGAAGAUCAGGAUAGUACCGGAGUUCAGAUAUCUUGGUUGAAGAAUGCAACGAUGCUUUUAUCGACGACAACAAACAGUCAAUUAAUACCUGUUAAUUUAGUGACUAGACCAAGUUUUGUAACUGGUAGACCACACCGACCAGGCUCUACCCAGGUUGCCGAUGACGAUGAUGCAAUUGUCAUCGAGGCUGAGCCUACGGAACUCGCUCAGACGACGAUAGUUUCAACUGCAGCUCCAAUCAAAACGGAUCGUCACGAACCAACCACGAUGACAGCCGUCAGUUUAGGUCUCCCAUGCAUCUCUAAUUUAGAAUGUCGAAUGGCGGAUCCAUACUCGAGAUGUAUCGACGGAAUCUGUGAUUGUAAUUUUCCUUCGAAUUCAAGCUGCAAUGCAAAGAAAGGUGGUUGCACUCCAGGUACCUUCCAAUGCAGAAGCUCAGGCAAUUGUAUCAGUUGGUUCUUCGUUUGCGAUGGUCGUGCAGAUUGCGUUGACGGUUCUGACGAGGAGUGUUCUAAGGGUAGUUGUCCUAUUCAAGCUUUUAAAUGCUCAAAAAGUGGCAUUUGCGUGUCCCGAGCAGGCCUUUGCGAUGGAAACAGAGAUUGUCCUGAUAACGAGGAUGAAAAGGAUUGCAACAAUCGACGAAAGUGUCCCGAGGGAGCAUUCAGAUGUAACAAUGGCCAAUGUUUACCGGCAUACGAGUUCUGCAAUGCAGUAGUAUCUUGUCGGGAUGGUAGCGACGAACCUAGAGGAGCUUGUCGAACGCGAUAUCGUGGUAGAAUAGCGCCUAGAACGUGUCCUUUCAAAUGCGAUAAUGGCAGAUGUCGUUCAGAUGCGAUUGCCUGUAGUGGACGUGACGGAUGUGGUGAUGGUUCCGAUGAACAACAUUGCUCCGUCUGUAAAUGUGCCGGUACAGUCUGAUUUAAUGCAAUUACCAUGGAUGUCAUCAUCGUCGUUGUCAUCGCCGGAAAUCCGUGGACGAGAAGAGACUGAGAAAUAAAAUGGAAGUAAUGUAAGAGUAAAUUAUGAAACGUAUGUAUCUAUCUUCGAGUACGAGGAAGUUCCAGGAACUCUGUUGAAUACAUGUUAAGGGAGGAAGUAUGACCAAAGAUCCUUUAAGCCAGCUCGAGUUUCACGAAUCCAUUGUGAAUCUUUAACGGUGGGAAAUUGAAUUCGUCGCUUGUUGAAUCUCAACAGGAUUUGUGUAUUUAUUAUUUUAGUCGUAAGUGAAAUAAUAUCCGAAUAUGUAUUUUAUAUAAGGAAAUGGAUAUAUAGUCCGUUCAAUGAGACGAAUCAGAAGAUUUGUCAGCAAAAAAAUGCACAUGAUUGGGACGUGAUCGAGUCAAGAGCUUUUUCGCAAUACUCGGAUAUUGUAAUAGUUUCGGGCAGGAAGUCGAUACGAACCCUAACAAUGAUCUAUAUAAAUUCGUUUCUCAAUUCAACAAUCGAUUAACGUUCGCUACCAAGCAGCUGCAGUCUGAUGUAAGUAUCUAUCACGCGUUUAGCACGUUUCCUGAUUCGUUUCGUUGAACGGAUUACAAAUAUAACAUUUUCCAUCGUUAUGGAAAAUAGUUGACCAAGAACGCAACGAGUGUUUUAAAGAUAAUUUUAUUUCGGUUUCUUAAAAAUGAGAUCACUUGUAUGUAGUUAUGUAAAACUUCACGGCCAAGUGUAUCUGGUUUAUGUCUACAUAUUCGAUGAAUAGAAAUAGAAGCACGUGCAUUCAUCAAGAUAUAUAAGUCACAAUAGAACGGAAAUGACAAAAAAAAGAAACAUAAAAACCAGAAAUAGAUAACGAGCUCACGUCAAGCAAUCAAUAAUGAACAUAAUAUAAAUAUUUUUCGUACUUCCAAGCAAAGUUAUCUACUAAUUUAUUGGAUUAUUUAAUUUUAAAUACAAAACAAUUUCAGAGAAUCCAUUAUAUAUAGAAAUAAUUUCUAGAUUAAAUUUAUUAAUUAACGCUUAUUAGCGUUAGUGGUCAGUAAUCGUUAGUAAUUAGUUGGGAAUGAAAUAAGGAAAUGUUUAUUUCCUGAGGAAAAGAAUAAAAAGGAAAAAAAAAAAAAGAUAAAA